AUGUCAUUGUGUCGUCGUGUCUCCUCCCGUUGGUCGCCCUCCUUAAAUGAGCAUUCGUAUCCGCCUCCGUGGCGCCUCGUAACCCGUCAAUCAGUCUCAUUUGACAAGAAGGCAUCUGAAAAAAAGCAGACGACGUUGGAGAAGAAAACUGAGGAGAAGGAGAAGAAGUUCAAGUAG